AUGACCCCCACCUGCAGGGCCGGGCUGGCUUCUAACCUCUCUAUGACCAAAAUCCUGGAGACUUCCAUUCCUUGUCAUGACGUCAUCGAGGAACGGGCCGCGCGAACAGUUCAGAGAAUCUAUCGUGGCUAUCGAACGCGACGAGAGCUGCAUGGUCUCGGUUUAGCUGCUUCCACUCGAUGGGUUGAGGCUUUUCAAGAAGCCCAGUGGCAUCAACUGCAUCAACCACCCGAGCUUCGUGUGGCACCCGGAAACGACGGUUUCGACCGAGCUCGUCGAAACUGGCAACGAGCGGUUAGUGUCGCGCGGCGCGUCGGCGGCGACGAUUGUGUCUCCGAAGUUUCGUCUUCCACGGGGAAUCGAGAAGAUAAUGCAGAGAUUGCAUCAGGGGCUACUGCAAAGAUGAUGGAUCUUCAAUACUUUCUCGAAAUUGUUGAUCUUAAACAUCGACACGGUAGCAAUCUGCGCUCGUACCACACCUAUUGGCGGAAUUCAUCAACAAACGAAAAUUUCUUCUAUUGGUUGGAUCAUGGUGAUGGAAAAAGCAUUGAGCUUCCAAAAUGCUCACGAGAAAGACUUGAGAAAGAACAAGUACGCUAUCUCACCCGCGAGGAACGUUUGAAUUAUAUGGUGACGGUAGACGAGGCUGGCCUCUUCCGGUGGGCCAAAAACAAUGAACCUGUGUGGACAACUACCGCACAUUUCAAAGAUAGUCUCCAGGGGAUUGUGAGAAUCAAGGAUGAUGUGCCUCAAUUCAGUGGAAACUCCAUAACCUUACAGCCAGAUUCCACCUCGGGCUCACCACCAUUGCCAUCGACACCAGCUUCUUCUUCUUCUUCUUCUUCUUCAUCAACAUUAUCAUCAUCAUUGUCAUCAAUAUCAACACCUGCAAGCCAGAGCUUUGACAGUGUCACCCCAAAUCAAGACCCGAAAUGUUUCACCGAUGAGUACAAAGCUACGAAGAUGAUAAAAAAGGUGAUGCACGCAAGCCCCGCUGCUGCAUUUAAGCGGCGCUUGGGCCAGUCCCCAGAGAAAGAAGAUAUGUGGUUAUUCGUUGCAGAUACUUCUUUUCGUUUGUACAUUGGCAUAAAGAAACCAGGCACCUUUCAACAUUCAUCCUUUCUUCGAGGUGCCCGUAUCGCAGCAGCUGGAAUGAUUAAGAUCAAACACGGCCAACUUCGAAGCCUGGCACCACUGAGUGGUCAUUAUCGCCCUCCAGCUGCCAAUUUCAGGGCAUUCCAUCACGCCCUACAGCAACAAGGUGUUGAUAUGUCCCAUGUUUCCAUGAGCAAGUCUUAUAUAAUGCAGGCUGGGAUUGAAGGUUACACAAAAACGAAACGAAAGGCGCGUGCCGUACAUAAGAAGCUUGGCAAUUCCAAGGAAAAGUUCCAUCAAUCCGAAGAAUGA